GGGCUGGCGGGCAGCGCUAGGCAGGCGGCCAUUGCAGGAGGCCGCGGGCCUGCCUGCUGCCGCGCCCCGGCCGCGGAGCCGCAGCUCGGUGGGUGCUGACUCCUUGCCGUGACCGCUCAGGGGCCGGGGUGUGCGGGGGAUGAGAGGCAGCCGCCGGCGGGGGGCCCAGCCUCGUCUUUAGCUGUGCAGCGGUGUUCUUGUGUGGCGGGCCGCGGCUGUGGUAUGUGGGGCUGCCCCGCCGCCCUGCCUCCGUCGCUGGGUGUCUGGAUCCUUCGCCAAGCGUCCAGUGUUCUGUCUGCGUACUAACUGAGCUCAGCCCGGAGCAGCUUAAGCAAAUGAUUGAGGAGGAGCACUCUCUUCUCUGAUGUGCAGGGAUGUUGUAGGUCACCUUCAGAACGUGCUGGAACCGAGUCAGUACCAGAGCAGCUUUUGAAGGAUGUGCAUGUACUGAAAAACUGAGCAGAGGGCCAAGGUACUGGUGUACUAGUCUUGUUCCUCUACUUCAAGCCAGUAUGUCGAAGAAAUCGGGGGCUCCGCUUUCCUUGUCUGACUGCCUCUGCCCAAUCUGCAUGGAGAUCUUUGUAGAGCCUGUGACACUGCCAUGCAACCAUACCCUCUGUAACUCCUGUUUCCAGCUUACAGUUGAAAAAGCCAGUCUUUGUUGCCCUUUUUGUCGGCGUCGAGUCUCUUCUUGGGCCCGAUAUAAUGCCCGCAGAAAUACUCUCGUCAAUUGGGAGCUCUGGGAGAAGAUCCAGAAGCAUUACCCGAAGGAGUGUGAGCGUAGGAUUAAUGGACAGGAUUUGGAAGAGGAAAUCUGUGUCCCCCAUCCGCAGCACCAGCUGAGCAAGCCUGGGGAACUGAGGCAGGAAUAUGAAGCAGAAAUUAGCAAGGUGGAGGCAGAAAGGCGAGCACAUGAGCAAGAGGAGAACAAGGCAAGUGAGGAAUACAUUCAGCGCCUUCUGGCAGAGGAGGAGGAGGAACAGAGACUGGUGGAAGAGAGGCGAAGGGAGAUGGAGAAACAGCUGAAGCAAGAUGAAGAGCUGGCCUGGCGGCUGAGUAACAGUCUGAAUGAUAAUUCCAGAGGGCAUGGGCUCAGCAGUCCUGCACAAGCAGGCAGUGUCUCACUUGAAACAUCCCCAGCUCAUUUGUGCAAGAUGAAAAGUAAACCAAGCAACUCUGAAGACAUUCAGAAGUACCUGUCUCCAAAGCUUCAUCAUACAUUGGGAUCAGCAUCAUCCUCUAGAACAAGAGAAAGAGGCAGGGGUGACUCUGGCUCUGCGGAGACCAAUGGCAAUGAAGGCAGCAGUUCAGCUUGGCAAAAUGAUCAAGAGGAAAUGCCAACACUGUCUCCACAGCUGACCAGUGUCAAUAAAGAUUCCAGUGCUGUGGAUUCAUUUUUGGAAUCGUGCAUGAACUAUUUCAGUACCUCGGCUUCGGGGGAAACUACUGUCAAGCAGGAAGAAACACCAGGAGCAAAUUGUGUAGAAGAAAUUUCAGAGGCGUUGCAUGGAAUCACAAAAAGGGAAGGCUCUGGAACAGUUCUAAGAUCUAAAGGAGAAGAUGAUGGAUGUAAAACAGACAGUGGCAGUUUAACACACUUAGAAAGCAUAAACGUUAAAAAUUCUGCUGGAGGUUAUACCUGUAUUCAAGCAGCAGCAAAUUCUGUGGUGUCUGACAGCACAAGUGUGGUGUGUGACCUUAAAAAGGUGGCUAGACACUCAGAUGAAGAGAAGCCAGAGAGCCUGCAGAACACUAAGGAGACUCCAAAAAGAAAGUUGUUGGAGCCACCAGCUGAAGAAGUGGUUGACUUUUGUGUGCUUGAUAAGAGGAGAAGAACUUUUCCAGAAAGUUUAGAGGAGCAAGGGAAGCAGAUAAAUGAUUUUAACUUGCAAAUGCAGAAAGCCUUUGAGCAGGAGAUCUAUGAAAGACGUAUGCAAGAGGAGCAGGACAGGCUUCUGGCUCUGCAGCUGCAAAAACAGAUCAACAAGGAGGAAAGGACACUUAAUCGACAAAAGGGCUCUCCAGAUCAGUAUCUGCUUCGCACCAAACCACCUCAGUCAGUGAAAGACUCUUCUGCCAGAAAGGGAAGUUCUAAGGUGGCAAGAGACUCAAAGGUAUCAAAAAACCAGGCUGAAACAAAUCACCGCAAAACUCGCAGAGGUUCUUGCAAUGAGAAUUGGCAGUCACCUGCCAGAGUCCGGAUGAAAUCACCCAGCAUCAACGGAGGAAAGGUGUUGAAUUGUGUGGUUAAUACCAGUGAUGCAAAUGAUAUUUGUUCACUACCUAAGAAUAAGCAAAAGACUAUCCUUCAGAUGUUUAAAAGCCCUGUUGCAGAGUAGAUCAGCAGAAUCACAGACAUGUGGUGGAAUGAGAAUUUAAGCUGUGGUAAUGCUUUCUCCUGUGUUGGGCAAAGCUUCCUGCGAACAGUUGUAAAAUUGUUGAUUUUGGUGGGGGAUCACUUUAGGCCACAGAGAGUUCUGUAUUUUGGAGUUUUAAUAAUUUACACCCCCAGUCUUUAAAAAAAAUGUAGUUGUUCUUUUCUUGACUGUAGCUUAUUUUCUAGCAGUUACAUAAUUUUGAAUAUGAAUACUGUUAGUGUUUAAAAACAAAAAUAACUGAUCUUAAAAUGAGAGUUGGGAGCCUUUUGUGGAAAGGACGCAUGUUCCACAGAGGUUAAGCUAAAGCUAAAAAAUACGUCUGUAUUUCCAGUUGUCUGCCAGCUGUAAUAUUGAAGCUUUGAUCAACACAACCACUGGUCUGUUUAAUUGAAGCAUGUUACUGAAAUUUAGGCUAUUUAUUGAAUGGCAUUGUUCACGCAACAGGUAACAAGAGUAUAACUGGACAGCCAGUCUUGCAGGUACAGUUUUCAUACACUUCCUUAGAGAAAGUUCUCAUCCCUCUUUCUUAGAGAAAGAGGAAAAAAAACAGGUCACUCCCCCACUGCCAAAGCCAAGGUUUUUUUCAUAAAUGCCAACAGUAUAAGUGGUUGUGGGCUUAUAUUUGCCUCUGUUCGUAGAGGUCACUUACGCAGAUCUGGCACUUACUGUCAUUAGGAAAAGAUACUUUUGUUGUCUUACUGCUAGUGUUCUGCAGCUUUAUACUUGUACAGUAGUAUUGCCUGUAUUUAGUGCUGUUUAUUUUUUAUACUCAAACUGGUUUGAGUUUGAUUAAAAAUGCAUAACAUUACAAAAAUGUAGUUCAGAAGACAGUUAUGAUGGAGAAAGUUAAAGGGGGAGCAGCAGUUGAAGUUGUGAGAAAUGACAUAACUGUAAUUAAAGAUUCAUAUAACUACCAUGCCUGGCUGGAACUAACGCAAUUCAAAUGCAUUACCACUUAGAGUUGUGGGGAAGCUGAGGUCUGGAGGAAGUUGAGACUGGUGAAGAGCUGACCAGCUGCUACUCAGCAGAAGUAUUCUUGCUAGAUUGUUUUAUCUGUUGCUAUGAUAAAGACAUCUUUUGAUCUUUCUUUGCUUGUAAUAAGAUACUCUUCCCCUGUCUGUGUUUAAAAGAGAGCAAAGCACAAAUCUGCGUUGCUAAAGUGCUUUGCUUGUCACCAAUGUUAGCAAAUGUUUUAAAUGUGUUCUUUUUUGAACCUCUGUAGAGGUGAUGAUCUUUAACUUGGUUCUGGGAAAUCAGUAACAAAAGCCUUGACAGCAGUAUCUUCUGAUGUUUUAAGUUUUAAAUACCAACAAAUCCUGAAAUUUCAUUGACAGCGCAAACAGCACAUCAAGCAAAAUUGUGAAUUGUGCUGUUUCUUUGCCUGUGUGUCUCUAGUAAUGGAGGUUUUCUCAUAAAGGAAUGAUGUGUUCUGACAUGGUUUUUGAGAAAGUUACAACUGGAGACCAGCUGCAAGUCAUUCAGUUUGCCUCUUGCUGCCUCAACUAUUGUGCUGGAAGCAGUAUAGAUCUGUUUCUGUUUAAUCUUUGCUUUUAUUUGGGUUGUUUGCUGUCUUACCCAUGUAGUCAAAUACAAUUCUUCAUUAAUUAAAAUAUUCUUUAAGGAAGAGGUAGUGAUUGUUUUCCAUGGUAGUGACGCUUGGUCUUUCCAGUGACGAUAAGCACGUAAGAAGUAAACUCUCAAUU